AUGGGUUCAAGAAGAAGAAUAAUGAGACCAUCUUGGUGUUUGAUAAUGGUGGUGGCACCUUUGAUGUUUCAGUUCUCGAGGUUGGUGAUGGAGUAUUUGAAGUGCUAUCUCUCUCAGGCGAUACUCAUUUGGGUGGCAAUGACUUCGACAAGAGAAUCGUUGAUUGGCUUGCUGCCGACUUUGAAAGGGAUGAAGGUAUCAUGCUUUUAA